GGAAAAGAUUUUUCUCAUUCAAAAAAGUAGCAUAUGUGAUAAUAUUUUACGGACCCGAAACAUUGCACAAACUUUCCAUUCCCACAUAUACUUCAACGGACAAUAUGGCCAACGUUUUCGAUCCCAGCGCUGUUGUCAGCUUGGCGGGACUCGUAGCGACAAUUCCGCUAUAUAAAAUGGCGCGAAAAAGUAGGUGUUCCGAUAGAAAUCUUAAUAUGUAUAAGUGCGUCCACAAGUCUAGCCGUAAUGUCUUCACGAAGCAAACUCAUAAUGAAAAUGGCAAUAGGUACUGACAUGGGGAGAAGGGAUGAAAAUGGGAAUUGGGGGAUGCAGCAUUGUCCUGAGAGAAGUAAUCCUGGUAUUGAAAAAAAUGAUUCCGACGAUAUAACGUAUCGGGAAAAGGUGCUACAUUAUCUCGAAUCUGUUGAAAAGAACAAAUGUAGAAUUGAUGCAGAUGAAAUCGUGGAACCACAGGAAAACACUGAUUAUGGUAUCAACAUAAGUCGUCAUGAGGAUUCAUCAAAACCUGAAUGCUCUAUUCCUUAUUUGGAAUUAUCGGACGAAUCUCCAGUUUUCGAUAAAGGUUCAUCUGAGUUGACGUUGGUGAAAAAAAAAUUGUUUGAGGAGCAUCCUCACACACCAUUGAAAAAAAUUAAUAUUAUUCAGGAUAUAACGAUAAAUCCUGUAGAACUAAAAAAUUUUGAUGUGGAAUCUAGAACAUCGAAAUCAUUUAGUUCGAUUGAUGGCAAUUCAUUCGAAGUGAACUAUCGUUUACCUCCUACGUCGGAUUCUGACGAAGAUGAACAUGCGGCUUCAGCUAUUAGAAUGGUGAAAUCUGGUGAUGCCCUUAAUCAUAAAAAACCUGAAUUCACCGAGUCACAAGCUUCAAGCGAGACGAAAAUUAAAAAAGAACAAAUAAGCAUAAAAUAUGCAUCUACAAAAAAAAAUAAACAUGACGUACUCUGUCCAAUAUGUUUCGAAGAAGUUGGGCAUUUUUCGAGACAUUUGGAAAGAAAACAUUAUGAUGACAAUUGUGUUCAAAAAAUACUCGGAAUGCCUCUUGGUAGUCAGGAAAGAAGGUCAGCUACCAGUGCUCUGAGAAAAAAAGGCAAUUUCCUUUUGAAAAAUGAAAAAGGGAAACUAAGAUCACUACGCUAUAAUGACCGUGAUUUGAAUGAAAAAGAUUAUUAUCCUUGUGUUAAUUGUUUAGGAUUAUAUAAGAAAACCUAUUUAUGGAGACACAGAAAAAUCUGCAAGGCAAAUGCAAACAAUGAUUACAAUAAAUCCAAUAAACAUGUCACAAAUGCACAAACGUUUAUGGUCACUACAGGAAUUCUUGGUAAUUUUCUGAAUAGAAGUAGAAUCAAAACGGAAGUAUUCAGUAUAAUGAGAGCAGACAACAUAAGCUUCACUGCGAAAUCAGACCCCCUUAUUUGCUUAUACGGUGAAUCAUACCUAAACAAGCACAAAAGAAAGCAGAUGAAUAUUGUGGCGUCUAAUAGGAUGAGGGAAAUGGCACGUUUGAAGAUUUCACUCAUGGAAUCAAGUGCAAUAACAUCUUUGAUUGAUGUGUUGAAGCCUUUUCAUUAUGAGCUCAUAGUUGCGGCAGCUAAAGUUGUCAGUGGGUAUGAUCCUGAUAGAAAAACAUAUAAAGCUUCCUCCCUGGCAUUGCACUUUGGAACAAAUUUGAAAUUUUUGUGUGAUGUUGCAAAAAAAGCAAUCCUCACAAAAAAUCCAUUGUUUCAGUAUGAGGAACAGGAAAGGGAGGAUAGAUUAAAGCAAAUAAGUCUCAUCAAAGACAUUAUUUCCAAUCACUGGUGUAAUGAUGUUUCAAGUUUGGCAAAUAAAGUUCUAAAUGAGUUCAAAAUCAAUAAACCAAAGAUACUACCUGUGACGGAAGAUGUUAAAGCCUUGAAUGAAUACAUCAAGAAAAAAGCCGAAGGAGCAUAUGAAAAUCUGGAAAAAAAUCUGAACUCUGCUCUAGACUACAAAGUUUUGGUAGAAUGUGUUUUGGUUCAGGUUUUGAUUUUCAACAGAAAGAGAGUGGGAGAAGUGCAAUUUCUGGAAAUUAAAUCGUACAGAGCAGAGCCAUGCACAGUAAAUCAAAACGAAUUGAUUAAUGCUCUCACUGAUUUUGAAAAAGCGAUGAGUACUGCUUUCAAGCGAGUCGUGGUGUUUGGUAAGGGUUGUAGACCAGUGCCCUUACUGUUUACAAAACGAAUGCAGAAAUUAAUCGAUAUGAUUCUGAGGGUACGGGGGGAAACUGAUAUUGUUCCGAAGAGCAAUCCUUACAUGUUCGCUAAUCCUGGUUGUUCUGAUAGAUGGUUGAGUGGACCCAGCGUAAUACGAAAGUAUGCACAUAUGUGUGGAGCCAAAAAUCCGGAAACCUUAACAAGUACGAGAUUUCGGAAGCAAAUUGCCACAAUCCUUCAAAUAAUGAAUUUUGAAGCUGAUGAAAUGGAACAAAUAGCCAAGUUCAUGGGUCACACAGAAAAAACACAUAAGGAGUUCUAUAGAAUGUCCGAGGAUGUUUAUCAAACUGCGAAAGUUGCAAAGGUGCUCUUAUUGCUAAACGAUGGAAAGGGUAAGGAGUUUAAAGGAAAGAGCUUAGCCGAGAUCGAUAUAGCAGACGACUUGCUAGAGCUCGAACAAGAAGAAGAGGACAAAGAAGAACAAAAUAAAAUUGAAGACAAAAAAAUGGAAUCCAAAAAUGAGAUGAGAGACGGGAUCGUGUCUGAAAUGAAUGAUACAAAUACUACAGAUAUAGUUGAAACAUACACAAAAUCAGACCAACCGAUGGACGAUGAAGACACUGAUAGUUGUUCUAAGCCAAAAAAGGGGAAAAAAGAAAACCCAAAUAAGAAACUGCAACGGCACACAUGGUCUCUAGAGGAGAAACAACUGGUCUUGACCUAUUUCAGAAAACAUAUUAGGUCCAAGAGAGCACCUAGAAAAAAUGAAUGUCUGGAGUUCAUUUCGGAUAACUCGAACUUCUUUGAAAAUGGAGAUUGGGUCAGAAUUAAAACACUCGUGUAUAACACGUAUCGACCAAAAUAAUUUGUGUUUUUUAUACUGUUUUUCAUAGUCAGGAGAGUAUGAGAUGAGUCUGUUUUAAUAUGUUUUUUACUAUUUUUUGUUUUUUGAGACUGAUAUUUUUGUUGAGUUGUUUUUGUGUUUUUUCUGAAAGAUUAUUUUUGAUAAAUGAUAUU